AUGAAAAUACAUCUCUUGAGUGAUUUGCACAUUGAACACUUCCCAGACUUGGCCCAAUUCCAAGACAUGUACAAGGAACGAUACGGAAAUGAACUUUUGGAAAAUAACAAUCAAGCAAAUGUUCUGGUUCUUGCUGGUGAUAUCGGAAAUGUUAAAAAGGUAGGCUAUCAGCAAUUCCUAGUCAAAGCCUCUGCGCUCUAUGAACACGUCAUUAUUGUGGGAGGAAAUCAUGAAUUUUAUGGGAAUGAAUAUUUCGAAUGUAUGGCCAAGAUGAAGGAGAUUUGUAAGGAGGUUGGUGAGAAUGUUCACUUUCUGGAUAAAUCAAAGGUGGAAAUUGUGGAUUCUGAGACGAAGGAGGUAUAUGUUUUUGUAGGAGCUAUUUUAUGGUCGAAUAUUCCAGAAGAAUCUCAACUCUAUGUGGAAUCUGCAAUGAAUGAUUAUCGAUUGAUUAAAAUUAAGGAAAGUGGAGCCGAUUCUGCAACCUUGUUGAGGACUAAACAUACUGUUCAAAUGUUCAAGGAAGAAUCAGAAUAUAUCAAACAAGAAAUUGAAAAGGCAAAAAUUAAUCAACAAAAGGUAAUUGUUGUUUCACACAAUGCACCUUUGAAUAGAGGAGUGAGUGCUCCACAAUUCGAAACUGUAGAUAAUGGUUCAACAAGGAGUUUAAAUUAUGCCUUUGCUACUGACCUGAGCUCAAUCAUGGAUGAUCACGUAAUUGCUUGGCUAUUUGGCCAUACUCACUAUAGCUCUCUUCAAAAGUUCAAUAAUACCAUUGUUGCUAGUAAUCAAUUGGGAUAUUUGAGAGGAUUUUCAAAAGAGGAGAAUAGUUACAAAGUAGAUUGGAUUCUCGAUACCAAUAACUUGAAUCUUGCAUCAAUCCCAAAGUUUGUUCCCUAUCCACCAAAAUCACAAACUCAAACUACCAACGCUUCUGGAGCUUCUUCAUCUGAAACCGUAAAUAGCAAUUCAUCAUCCAAUCCUUCUAAAUUUUCUAAUAUUUUGAGUUUCUUUAAGAAAUAA